AUGCCUCAUCUACCUCAUCUACAACGCCCGGGAGGAAGUGGUGGAGAUAAAAGUAAAGGUGCCCAUACCAUGAAGGGCACCUGGCAACAUAUCUCCAUCCCGCCUCUUCCACGAUCGUCACAUUCGAUUGAUGUCGUGGCUGGCAACGCAUACAUCUUCGGCGGCGAGGCCGAGUCCUCCCGCAAGCCCGUCGACAACGACAUGCACAUUAUAGUUCUUCCUACGGGAAGUGCCUCCGCCGACUACUUCAGCGUCAAGGCCAAACCUUCUCCCGAGCAACACGUUCCCGAGCCCGCCCCCAUCACGGAGGAGGACGAGAUCGCCGCUGAGCUUAAACCCCCUAACCGAAGCAAGACCAACAGCCUCGGCGACGUCCCCAGCGCCCGCGUCGGCCACGCCAGCGCCGUCAUCGGCUCCCGCAUCUUCCUGUUCGGCGGCCGCAGCGCGGAGUCCGCCUCGGAACCGCUCGACGAGCACGGCCGGGUCUGGGUCUUCGAGACCAAGACCCACACGUGGGCGUAUCUAGACCCCUACCACAACAGCCCCGUCCCGUCCCCGCGGAGCUUCUUCGCCGCGGUCGCUACCGACAAGCCGCGAGACUUCGCCAUCAAGCCCCUCCGCCGGACCGAGAGCUGGAAGGAGUGGGCCGAGGGCGACUCGGUUGACGUGGGGAUCCCGCAGCGCCCGAUUGCGGGCAACGUUGCCGCGCACGCGGUAGACGAGGAGGACGCCGGUUUCGGCACGUUUAUCAUUCACGGCGGCUGCACGGCCGACGGCGGCAGAACGGGAGAUGUAUGGGCUUUUGAUGUGCGCAGCCGCACGUGGAAAGAACUCCCAUCCGCACCGGGUCCCGCGCGGGGCGGUGCUGCACUCGCCCUCGCUAAGAGCCGCCUCUACCGCUUUGGCGGAUACGACGGUGAGAAGGAACUCGGCGGCCAGCUGGAUGUCCUCGAUCUAGUACUAGACGAGUUCGACGAUCGCGUCAGCAGAGGUGAAAUUGGCAUUUUCGCGCGUGGCGAGUGGCAGACUCUCGCCCCGCCCGUCACUAACGCACCCCUCCAAGUGAUAACGAAACGGCCAAGUUGGUACCUACAGAAGAGUGGCCCGGGGACCGCAGCGUCAGCAGCUUGGAACUCGUACUCGGCGGCGGUGGACGCGAGUACCUCGUCCUCAUGCUAG